AUGAAAGGGCAAAAAUUGACUGCCGAAAAUCUUCGAUCAACUUAUUUGAAAGUUCCAUUACUCAGUAUAACGGAAGCUAUUCAGCAAGUACCAAACUCCUGGACGCAUCUGUCAAUUUGCCCUAUCAGCUUACCUCCAUAUAUUACAUUACCAUCUGGAUGGACAACUAACGACUUAGCUGCAAUAAAAGUGUACACUUCUCCGUGUCGUCUAUAUGAAGCCCUUAAUGAAGCUCUUCGAACUGAAAAAAUCAACGAGAUUCGGCCUUGGUUUUCUUAUUUGAAACUCUUCGAUACUGCAAUCAAUAAAAUACCUCCAGUAAAACGUCGGUAUUGUCGCGGAAUACGAGUUGCUCCGAACUAUGCGUACACAGUUGGUACUGUUAUAACUUGGGUAAGUAGAAUGAGAAAACAAAAUGAUGAAAAAAAUUGA